ACUGUCUUUGCUUAAGAACCCCUGAAGAACCAAGAGCGUAGGUCAAGCCAAGGGUGGCCUGGUUUCAACCCUAAAGAGCAGCUUUUCUGAAUUCCAGCGUGCUGUAGCUUUAAGUCCUGAGAUCGAGGCGAGGUUGGGGUGCUGUCACUUAGCAGAGUCAGCGGGUCACGUGGCAAAGCCUCCCCCGUCCUAUUGGCCCAAGGCACGUGUCUAGGAUACCGGGAGUGCAACGUCACCGGUGGGAGGGGGGACGAGGUGGGGGCUCGUAUUAAAAAUAAGAACAAAAAUCCGUAGUGAAAGUAUUUCAGAGCCAGUUAGCGCCUCUUUAUUUACCCCGAGCUUUGGGCACUGAGGCACAGCGCUGCGUCCACAAUAGUUCCAUAAAGUAGCCUUACAUUCAUAAUAAUAACCCGAAUAAUAACUAGAAGUACAAUAAACUACUCCGUGGAGCUCAGAGUGGGAUUAAAUCCUGAAAUGAUGGUUUUUCUUUGUGAGGGUCGCGGCGUUUAAUCGAGAUUUUUUUCCUUCUCGACUUUUAUUCUUUGUUUUUUUUCUGCUCUCUGGCGUUUUUAUACAGAGACACGCGCAGAACUGCACGCAGAGGAAGGUUUGUUCAAAGCUGGAAGCGGGACGCGGCUGUGCGGGGCAGAAAGGGGUUAAAGAGCUGCGAGUUUGGGGAUGGAGGAGAAGGACCGGAGCCCCAGAGGCGCGGAGGACUCAGGCGACGAGUCGCUGCUGCACGCGCCGGGCAACCUGCACGCCCACCGGGUCACCAACUUUUACAUCGACAACAUCCUGCGGCCGGACUUCGGGCGGAGGAAAGAGGGCAUCGCGGCCAGCGACCACGACCAUGACCACCACCAUCAUCACCAUCACCACAACCACAACCACCGGGCCGCCGUCACCAGCGAUCCCUCGGCGGCUACGGAGCCGGUGGGCGCGCCCGUACCCGAGGAAGGGACGUCUGGACCACGGGCGGGGGCUGGGGCAAAAAGGACCCCGGACGGAGCACGCGCCGAAAGCGCGGACCAGUGCCUGAGCUCGGACUCGGAGUGCUCUCAGAGCAGCGCGCCCCCAAAUAGCAAGUCCAUGCUGUGGCCAGCCUGGGUCUACUGCACCAGAUACUCGGACAGACCAUCAUCAGGGCCAAGAUCCCGCAAACCAAAGAAGAAAAGCCUGAGCAAAGAGGACAAGCGCCCGCGCACCGCCUUCACCGCCGAGCAGCUGCAGAGACUGAAGUCCGAGUUCCAGACCAACCGCUACCUGACCGAGCAGAGGCGGCAGAGCCUGGCGCAGGAGCUCGGCCUCAACGAGUCCCAGAUCAAGAUCUGGUUCCAGAACAAGAGGGCCAAGAUCAAGAAGGCUUCAGGGACCAAGAACACGCUGGCCUUGCACCUGAUGGCCCAGGGCCUGUACAAUCACGCCACCGUCAACAACAAGGAGGACAAAUCAGACAGCGACUGAGCGCGAGGACGAGCACGAGGGGGACGGCUAUACGAUUACAAUGCAAUAAAUAAAAGAGAAAAAAAAAUCAUAAGUAAAAAAAAAUAAAUAAAUAAAAGGGCCAGUGUACAAAAUACCAGCAGAAACGGAGUAGACUCUACGAAGGAGAAAGCACUCUGCAAUAUUUUAAUAUUUUAAUGUUGAUUGUAAUUUUGCAUUUUGCGUGGGCUGGUUGUUUUUGUUUUUCUUUUUUUUCUGUUUUUUUUAUAUUAACACUGCUGUCCACAGUCUGAAAAAAACGCCUGGUGAAGAAAAGUAGGCAAAGUUUUCUUAUUUAAAAAAGAAAAAAAGGAGUUGAGAGAGAGAAAGAGAGAGAGAGAGGGGGGAGAGAGAGAGGGGGAGAGAGAGAGAGAGAGAGAGGGGGGAGAGAGAGAGACUCGCUUUUGCUUUUGAUUGACACUUGACGUCGAGACACAUGAUCGUCUUUAAUCCAUGCUGAAGUCCAAAGAUUUUUUUCCUGCUGCAUUCAGGCAACUGUGAUUUUUUUUUUUAAAUAAAUAAAUAAAUGAAUGAAUGAAUAAAUAAAUAAUGAAGUGGCAAAACUUUAUCUUAGUUCAGUGUCCAGUUUCCAUGUUGUUUUUAUUUUAAAGUGUUAUCUUAUUAUUAUAAUAAUAAUAAUUAUUAUUUUUUAAUGUCAGUUUUACGUCUUCGGUCAUUACUUUUGAACGCAAGGCUCAAUCGUUCUGACGUGCAGUGCUUCAACAAACAAACAAACAAACAAACAAACAAACAAACUCGUAUUUAUAGAUCUAUUUAACUCAUCAGGAAGAAGUUCAGACGCGUGACUGGCGAACAAGCGACAACCUCGGAACGACGAAAGACACCAAUAAAUAAAUGGACACGUAUUUAAGGGAGAAUACUUGACCCAAAUGGACUGUACUGGACUUUUCGAGACGGGAAUGUACAACAUAGUUUUCCUCCUUCUUCCUCUUUCACGCCGGUCGUCUGGGCGACGCGUUUUCUGGGGUCCUGGCGGAGCGACGUCCUCCUGCCCCUCGCCUGUUUCUGCGUGUUAUGUGGGAGUCGUGGUCAGAGCUGUGGGGAAAGUCCGAGGGCUUUUUUUAAUCUUAUUUAUUUCACUGUGUGUCCAUGUGGUCAUGCAAUAACGCGCGAGGCCUUUGCAUGAGAGCGGCGAGAGGACGGAGAGUUCCUACUCCAGACCAAAUCGGUGGUGUGAACUGUGCUGUCAUUGUACCUACAUUUCAAAACAAACAAACAAAAAAAAACAACAACAACAAAAAAAAAAGUGCGCGCGCGCGUGAACCCAUUCACCCAACAAGCGCGCUUCUGCCUUAAAGUUGUGAGAGGAACCUUCUUUUUUCUAUAUAUAUGAGUAUAUUCAGAUGUCUAAGGACUGCGCCGGACGGGAUGGACACAAACUCAGCAGCUCCAACAGAAUUUACAGCAGAUUCUACAGACAAAGCCUAUGUAUAAAAGCAGAAAGAGAUAAUUUAAGUUGGUUUUCUUUGUUUUAUUUUUUUCCCCCUUUGAUUUCUUUUCAAUAUCACGUGGUUCUCUUCUGAAGCAUCCUUUAAACAGAUGUACAUAAUUUGUAUCAUGUUUAUUUGUGUAAUUAAAGCCAACCAGAAGUGAACAGGUCAAUAAAACGAUGCUUAUUUGUA